AUGAAAAUCGACUACAAUGGUUUCUUCAGAGACGAUGGAGGCGGUCCCAUAUGCAAGAAGUGCCUGCAUCGCCUGAAAAAACCGUCCAAGAACACCAACUAUUCAACAAGCGGAAAACUGUAUCAUUUGUGCGAAAAACAUCCAGAUUUACUCGCGACAAUCAACGACAGCGAACACGCCUCGGAAGUAACACUAAAAGAAACUAAUCAGAUUCAAGAAGUCAUUGCUGUAACAACCGAUCAUGCCUCUAACUUUCUAAUUGUAAAAGCUUUAAAUCUUUGGACUGAUUCUUCCGAGAACACUAAAAAUUUGUAUAUGGCUAUUGUGAAAUUCCUAUGUACGGAUAGUGUGUUUUGUCGCUCAAUAACGACAACUCGAAUAGCUUAUCGUUUGCUUCAC